GUGCGGUGCCGCACAUGCGGAAGAAGAGUUGCAGAAGCGGUUUGGGAAGAAUAGCCAGGGACCGCAGAUGCGUAAUAGUAGUAGUAGUAGUAGCCGUAGCGGUAGCGGUAGUAGUGGCGGUAGUAAUAGUGAUAAUAGUGGUAGUAGUGGUGAUAGUAGUCGUAGUGAUAGUAGUAGUAGUAAUAGUAGUAAUAGUAUUAGUAGUAUUAGUAGUAGCAACAAUAGCGGUAGUGAUAGUAGUGGUAGUGGUAGUAACGGUCGUAGUGGUAGUUAUAGUCGCAGUGGUAGUAGUGACAGUAAUAGUAGUGAAAGUAGUGGUCAUAGAGGUAAUGGUAGUAGUAGUGGUAGUGAUAGUAGUGGUGGUAGUGGUGGUAGUAAUGGCAGUAGUAGUGAUGGUAGUGGUGGUGAUCGUAGUGGUAGUUGUAGUGAUGGUAGUAGUGGUGAUAGUGGUGGUAGUAGUGAUACUGGUGGUGGUAGUGCUGGUAAUAGUAAUGGUGGUAGUAGUGAUAGUGGUAGUGAUUGUGAUAGUGGUGGUGAUAGUAGUGGUGGUAGUGGUAGUGGUAGUGGUCGUGGUAGUUGUGGUGGUAGUGGUGGUAAUAGUAAUAAUGGUAGUAGUAGUAAUGAUAAUAGUAAUAGUGGUAGUAGUAGUAGUGAUAGUAGUUGUAGUAAUGGUUGUAAUAGUAGUCGUGGUGGUAGUAGUGAUAGUAAUGGUGAUGGUGGUAGUGGUGUUGGUAUUGGUGGUGGUGGUGUUGGUAGUAGUGGUGGUCGUGGCGGUAGUAGCAGUCAUAGUAGCAGUAGUAAUAGUAGUGAUAGUGGUAGUGGUAGUGAUAGUAGUAGUGAUAGUGAUAGUGGUAGUAGUGGUGGUAGUGGUGGCGGUGGUGGUGGUAGUGAUGGUGGUAGUGGCGGUGGUAGUGGUGGUGAUGGUGGUGGUAGUAGUCAUAGUAGCAGUAGUAGUGGUAGUGAUAGUAGUAGUGGUAGUGAUAGUAGUAGUGAUAGUGAUAGUGGUAGUAAUGGUAGUAGUAGUAGUAGUAGUAGUAGUAGCAGUAGUUGUAGUAGUAGUGAUGGUAGUAGUAGUAGUUAUAGUGAUAAUAGUGGUAGUAGUGAUAGUGGUAGUGGUGGUGGUAGUGAUAGUAGUGGUGGUAGUAGUGGUUGUAGUGGUGGUGGUAGUGUUGGUGAUAGUGGUGAUAGUAGUUGUAGUAGUGGUGGUAGUAGUGGUGGUGGUUAUAGUGGUGGUGGUUUUGAUAGUCGUGGUAGUAUUAGUAGUAUGGUUAGACCGACUAUAUUGUAUGGGGCUGAGUACUGA